CGCACGGGAGCGCAGCGCAGGGCACAGGGUGCCAGUGCGGGGACCAUGGCGGCCGCGCUGCUGCUGGGCCUGGCGCUGCUGGCGCCGCGGGCGGGCGCGGGGAUGGGCGCCUGUUACGACGGCGCGGGGCGGCCGCGGCGCUGCCUGCCCGGGUUCGAGAACGCGGCGUUCGGGCGCCUCGCGGAGGCCUCGCACACGUGCGGGCGGCCCCCCGAGGACUUCUGCCCGCACCGGGGCGCGCCGGGCGGCGCCGGGCCGCAGUGCCAGCGCUGCGACGCCGCCGACCCCCGGCUCCACCACAACGCCUCCUACCUCACCGACUUCCACAGCCAGGACGACAGCACCUGGUGGCAGAGCCCGUCCAUGGCCUUCGGGGUGCAGCACCCCACCUCCGUCAACAUCACCCUGCGCCUGGGGAAAGCGUACGAGAUCUCCUACGUGCGCCUCAAGUUCCACACCAGCCGCCCCGAGAGCUUCGCCAUCUACAAGCGCAGCCAGGCGGGCGGCCCCUGGGAGCCCUACCAGUUCUACAGCGCCUCCUGCGGGCGGACCUACGGCCGGCCGGACGGCCUGCACCUGCGGCCGGGCCAGGAGGAGCGCGUGGCCUUCUGCACCUCCGAGUUCAGUGACAUCUCCCCGCUGAGCGGCGGCAACGUGGCCUUCUCCACGCUGGAGGGCCGGCCCAGCGCCUACCACUUCGAGGAGAGCCCCGCGCUGCAGGAGUGGGUCACCAGCACCGAGCUCCUCAUCUCCCUGGACCGGCUCAACACGUUCGGGGACGACAUCUUCAAGGACCCCAAGGUGCUGCAGUCCUACUACUACGCCAUCUCCGACUUCUCCGUGGGCGGCCGGUGCAAGUGCAACGGGCACGCCAGCGAGUGCGGCCCGGACGCGGAGGGCCGGCUGGUGUGCCGCUGCCAGCACAACACCACGGGCGCGGACUGCGAGCGCUGCCUGCCCUUCUUCCAGGACCGCCCGUGGGCGCGGGGCACGGCCGAGGCCGCCAACGAGUGUCUGCCCUGCGACUGCAGCGGCCACUCAGACCAGUGCACGUUCGACCCGGAGCUUUUCCGCAGCACAGGCCAUGGCGGCCGCUGCCUGCACUGCCGGGACCACACGGCCGGGCCGCACUGCCAGCUCUGCCGGGAGAACUUCUACCGCUGGAAGCCCCAGGCGCCCUGCCAGCCCUGCGACUGCCACCCGGCCGGCUCCCUGCGCCUGCAGUGCGACGACUCGGGCACCUGCCCCUGCAAGGCCACCGUGACGGGCUGGAAGUGUGACCGCUGCCGGCCCGGGUUCCACUCGCUCAGCGAGGGCGGCUGCAGACCCUGCACCUGCCAUCCCGCCGGCAGCCGGGGCACCUGUGACCCUCGCAGCGGGCGCUGCCCCUGCAGAGAGAACGUGGAAGGCGGCCUGUGUGACAGAUGUCGCCCCGGGACCUUUAACCUCCAGCUUCACAACCCAGCCGGCUGCAGCAGCUGCUUCUGCUACGGCCACUCCAAGGUGUGUGCGGCCGCCGCCGGCUUCCGGGCCCACCACGUCCUCUCCGACUUCUGCCUGGGAGCCGAUGGCUGGCGGGCCGGCGGCACGGGGGACCCGGAGCGGCCCGCACGAUGGAGCCCCAGGGGGCUCCCCCUGCACCCCGAGGAGGAGGAGGAGUUCACAGCACCAGCCAAGUUCCUGGGCGACCAGCGGUUCAGCUACGGGCAGCCCCUCACCCUGACCUUCCGGGUCCCUCCCGGGGGCUCCCCACCUCCCGUGCAGCUGAGGCUGGAGGGCGCCGGCCUGGCCCUGACGCUGCCCCCCUCCCGCCCGUCUGACGCCGCGCGGCCCGGGGAGGUGCAGCUCACGUUCCAGCUGCAGGAGACCUGGGAGGACGCCGACCCCCCACUGCCCGCCUUCCACUUCCAGCGGCUGCUCGCCAACCUGACCGCCCUGCGCCUGCGGACCCGCCCCAGCCCAUCUGGCCAAGUGCUCCUGAGUGAGGUGCGGCUCCUGUCGGCCCAGCGGGGCCUCUCGCCCCCGGCCUCCUGGGUGGAGACGUGCUCCUGCCCCAGGGGGUACGUGGGCCAGUUCUGUGAAGCCUGUGCCCCGGCAUACAAGAGGGAGACACCCCUGGGGGGCCCCUAUGCCAGCUGCGUCCCCUGCACCUGCAACCAGCACGGCACCUGCGACCCCGACACCGGGAUCUGCCAGUGCAGCCACCACACCGAGGGCCCGUCCUGUGAGCGCUGCCUGCCAGGUUUCUAUGGCAACCCCUUCGCGGGCCGGGCCGAUGACUGUCAGCCUUGCCCGUGCCCUGGAGGGUCGCCCUGCACGACCCUCCCGGAGAGCAGGGAGGUGGUGUGCACCCGCUGUCCCCCGGGCCAGAGAGGGCGGCGCUGUGAGGCCUGCGACGAUGGCUUCUUUGGGGACCCGCUGGGGCUCUCUGGAGACCCCCAGCCCUGCCGGCGGUGCCAGUGCAGCGGGAACGUGGACCCCAACGCCGUGGGCAACUGCGACCCGCUGUCCGGCCACUGCCUGCGCUGCCUGUUCAACACGACGGGUGCCCGCUGCGAGCGCUGCCAGGAGGGCUUCUACGGCAGCGCGCUGGCCCCGCGGCCCCCCGACAAGUGUGUGGCCUGCAGCUGCCACCCCGGGGGCUCCGUCAGCGCGCGGAGACCCUGCGACCCGGUGAGCGGCCAGUGCGCCUGCCUGCCUCAUGUGACCGGACGGGACUGCGGCCGCUGCAGCCCGGGCUUCCACGACCUCCAGCCCGGGAGGGGCUGCCGGAGCUGUACGUGCCACCCGCUGGGCUCCCAGGAGAACCAGUGCCACCCCGAGACUGGGCAGUGCCCCUGCCGCCCGGGCGUCGAGGGCCAGGCCUGCGACCGAUGCCAGCGGGGCUUCUUCGGCUUCUCCAUCAGGGGCUGCCGGGCUUGCAGGUGCUCCCCGCUGGGCGCUGCCUCGCCCCAAUGCCACGAGAACAGCACGUGCGUGUGCAGGCCCGGCUUCGAGGGCUACAAGUGUGACCGCUGCCAGGACAACUUCUUCCUCACGGCCGACAGGGCGCGGUGCCAGGAGUGCCCGUCGUGCUACAGCCUGGUGAAGGCGGAGGCUGCCAAGCUGAAGGCCAGGCUGACCCUGAUGGAGGGGUGGCUGCAGGGCUCUGACUGCGGAAGGCCCUGGGAACCAAUGGACUUCCUGCAGGGAGAGGCCCCUCGGGGGGACAGCUACCAGGGCCACCACCUACUGCAAGGGUUCCGGGACGCCUUCCUGGUGCAGGUGACGGGCCUUGAGGGAGCCGUGAAGGCUGCCCGGGAGCAGCUGCAGACACUGAGCAGGAGUGCCCGCUGUGCCCCAGCUGGAGCUGACAAGACCUGCGUCCAGCUGGCAGACCUGGAAGAGGCCCUGGAGUCCUCGGAGGAGGAGAUCCUGCAUGCGGGCACCGUCCUCACGUCUCUGGUGCUUCCCCAGGAAGUCCCCGGCCAGCCCUCCAACUGGAGCCAGCUGGCCACAGAGGCCCGUGUCCUCGCCCGGAGCCACAAGGACACAGCUGCCAAGAUCACGGCCACCGCUCAGAGGGCUCUGCGUGCCUCCAACGCCAGUUACACGCUUCUCUGGAGGCUGGUAGAGGGCAGCGAGGCUCUGGAGGCCCAGCGGGAGCUGGAGGACAGGUACCAGGAGGUCCAGGCGGCCCCGAAGGCUCUGGGUGCAGCUGUGGCCGAGGCGCUGCCCGAAGCGGAGAGGGUGCUGGCCGCCAUGCAGCACGCUGGCGCCGACGCAGCCCCGCACCUGACCGCGCUGGCCGCCCCCGCAGCACUGCCUCAGAAUUCCCGGACCCGGGACCUGAGCCGGAGGGCGCAGGCCCUGGAGAGGACGGUCACAUCCAGGGAGCGCGUGGUCACGGAGGCUGUCCGGGCCGCCCAGGCGACCGCCCGCACCGCGCUGCACCAGGCGGAGCCCCUCACGCAGCUGCAGCGUGAGGCCAGCGCCGCCCUCACCCGGGCUUCCUCCUCUGUCCAGGCGGCCACGGUGACCGUCAUGGGGGCGAGGACCCUGCUGGCCGACCUGGAAGGGAUGCAGCUGCAGGGUCCCGGGCCCCGGGCCCAGGCCGCGCUGAGGCGGAAGGCGGGCGUCGUCCGGGGCCGGCUCCUGGCGGACGCCAAGAAGAAGACCAAGCAGGCGGAGAGGAUGCUGGGGAACGCGGCCUCGGUCUCCUCCAGUGCCGCCGAGAAGGGCGAGGAAGCCGAGCUGCUGGCCAAGAGCAGUGCCAAGCUCGCCAGAGCCCUGCAGAAGGAGGGGCAGAAGGCGCGUGGCCGUGCCAGCCGGCUCUCCAGCCAGACCCGGGCAACGCUCCGGCUGGCCUCCCAGCAGGCGCUGGCCUCGGGCGCACGGAGGCAGGCGCUGGAGGAGACGGAGCAGGUGGGCGCCGGGCUGAGCGCGCUGGAGCGGCAGAUCCGGGAAUCGCGGGCCUCCCUGGAGAAGGACAUCCAGGCCUUGUCCCAGCUGCUGGCCCGGCUGGAGUCGCUGGACACCCAUCGGGCCUCAGCCCGGGCCCUGAAUGAGACCCAGCGGGCCCUGGAGCACCUGCGGCUGCGGCUGGGCCCGCCCGGGGCCCUGCAGGGGAAACUGAGGCUGCUGGAGCGGGAGUCUGAGCAGCAGGAGCGGCAGAUCCAGAGCUUCGAGAGCGACCUCGCCGAGGUCCGAGCCGACAAGCGGAACCUGGAGGCCAUUCUGCAGAGUCUGCCCGAGAGCUGCACCAGCUGGCAGUGAGCGCCCUGGGCCAGGCACACCUCACCCGCGGGUGCCAGGAGCCUGCUGCUGCCACCCUCCCUGAGGGAACACUUCCCGUCCAUGCCACAGCCCUGCUCCAGCGGUCAGGGUGCAUUCCGGCCCGUGUCCCCCUCUCCCCCCACCCUGCCCCCGGCAUGUGCACUCCCCCCAUGCACACAUAAACGCACACCUCAAUAACACGGACACACAUGCACACGUACAUGUGUGGACACAUGCCUGUGUAUGGUGCACAUGUGCACAUACAUGCAUUACAGUUGAUCCACCGCUGAGUAUUGAGCACCCUGUGUGUGCGCACACCUGUGGAUGCUGGGAGCUGUUAUGUUAGGGACGCUGUGGCUUUAACACGCCACUCCCGCUCCAGGUGGGUAGCUGGGAGGCCCAGAUCUGGGGUAGGUUCAGCAAGAGCCAGAGCCCCAGUCCCAGAGUUACCCUCUGUCCCACUGCCGCCCCCCAUCCCCCACCCCUACACACACACACACAGCUCUGCACAACCAAGGCGCAGGCAGGCCAAGACACUCGGAUCCCAGAGGGUGCUCAGCAGUGGAGCCUGAGGCCGGGACUCCUGGGCCACGGUGCAGCCUGCUGGGCCUGGGGAGGGGCGGCAGCCCUCCGGGGUCAUUGCUUCAUGGGAUACUUUGUUCUCAGGACCCACGAGCCCCCCUCAGCCUGUGGCUGCCCAAAGAGCUGGGCCUCAAGGGCCAGAUGGGGCCUGGGUCAGGGGGCUCGGCUCAGGGAGCAGGGAGCUCCCCCUGUGACCUCCUGACCCCAGGUGGCCUUUGACCGAUGGACGCUUCCCAAACCGGCCCGUGGCUCUGGCCCCGCCUGCCGGGAGGGCGGCCUGCUGGGUGAGGAGGCCUGGCUGCCGUUCCAGUCCGUCCUGCUGGGGCAUCCCCUGUGGCCAGCCCUGCCCGCCUCUGCCCAGGAUCCCCUGGCAUUUCCUCCGGCGCUCCUCCCUUCCCCCCCCCCCACCCUCUUCCAACAGAUGGCACUGGGUGCCCACAGGGGGCCCAGGCCCUCCCGCAGCUCUUCCUGCCUCCAGCAGGGCGACAGGCAGCAGCACUCCAGUCUGUUUAACGUGGAAAUAAAGGACCUCUU